AUGGGUCGCCUGCAGGAAUACCAAGUCAUCGGGCGCCAUCUGCCCACCGACACCCAGCCCACCCCGAAACUCUACCGCAUGCGCAUCUUUGCCCCCAACGAUGUCAUCGCCAAGAGCCGCUUCUGGUACUUCCUCGCCAAGCUGAAGAAGGUCAAGAAGGCCAAUGGUGAGAUUGUGAGCUUGAACAAGAUCCACGAGAAACACCCCCAGAAAGUGAAGAACUUCGGCAUCUGGAUCCGCUACGACUCCCGCUCCGGCACCCACAACAUGUACAAGGAAUACCGCGAAAUGUCCCGCACCGACGCCGUCGACUCCAUGUACCAGGACAUGGCCGCCCGUCACCGCUCCCGCUUCCGCUCCAUCCACAUCCUCAAGGUCGUCGAGAUUGAGAAGGAUGCCGAUAUUCGCCGCCCAUAUAUCAAGCAGUUGUUGACCAAGGGCCUCAAGUUCCCCUUGCCGCAUCGGUCGCCGCCGAAGAGCGGGAAGGUGGUUUUUGCUGCUACGAGGCCGAAUACCUUUUUCUAG